CCCCCCCCACCCGCCGAUCCCGGUCUCUCCCUCCACCCCCGGUGGGAGGGCUCCCGCGCUGUUUCCGGGACACAAUGGCGGAGCUGUGUGCGGACGGGCCUGAGCUACGGAGCCGGGAGCAGCUGAGCCUGUCGCUGUGGGAGCGGGGCCCGGAUCCCAGUGCCCCACUUACCCAAACCCAGAGCCGGAGCGUCUCCGAGCUGCGGGAGGCCGCUGACAACACACCGCUGCCGGCCCAGUUGCCAAUAGAGGACCUUUGCAGCCUGGCUUCAAGAUCCAUCACUGUUCCUCUUACAGCUGCAGUUCCUGAAUCCACUGAAGAUAUUCUUCUCAAAGGCUUUACUGCCUUAGACAUGGAAAAUGAGAAAAUCGAAACUGCUCAGCAGUUCUACACCUGGUUCUCUAAGAUACAGGCACGGAUGGAUCAAGACGAAGGAACAAAAUACAGAGAAAUGAGGGAUUAUCUAUAUGGCUUUCAGGAGCAAUGUGAUGCAAUCUUGAAUGAUGUCAACACAGCCUUGCAACACUUGGAGUCUUUGCAGAAACAGUACCUUUUUGUGUCCACCAAGACAGGAACACUACAUGAGGCUUGUGAGCAGCUCCUGCGGGAACAGUCAGAGCUGGUUGAUCUCGCAGAGAGUAUUCAGCAGAAGCUUUCAUAUUUCAAUGAAUUAGAAAAUAUAAAUGCAAAAUUGAAUUCGCCCACGUUAUCUGUGAAUAGUGAAGGAUUUAUACCUACACUGGCCAAGUUAGAUGACUGUAUAACCUAUGUAUCGUCACACCCUGGCUUUAGAGAUUAUCCUGUUUAUUUAGCAAAGUUUAAACAAUGCCUAUCCAAAGCUAUGCACCUAAUGAAGACUUACACUGUGAAUACGCUUCAGAACCUCUCCACUCAGUUAACAAAAAGGGACCCCUCAGUUAUGUCUAAUACCGAUAAUGCCUUUACAUUGUUCUAUGUGAAGUUCAGAGCAGCAGCUCCAAAAGUGCGGUCUCUAAUCGAGCAGAUAGAACAAAGAACUGAAAAAAGCUCUGAGUAUCAACAGCUACUAAGCGAGAUCCAUCAGUGCUACUUAGAUCAGAGGGAGCUUCUUCUCGGUCCAAGCAUCGCCUCCACUAUUGCUGACCUGACCAGCCAAAAUAACAAGGAUCACUGUGCUCUGGUUCGAAGUGGUUGUGCUUUUCUGGUUCGUGUUUGUCAAGAUGAGCAUCGGCUAUACAAUGAGUUUUUUACGAAGCCAACUCCCAAACUGGAUGAGCUGCUGGAGAAGCUGUGCCUGUCGUGGUAUGAUGUGUUUCGACCACUCAUCAUCCACGUCAACCACCUGGAGACCUUAUCGGAGCUGUGUGGAAUUCUGAAAAAUGAAAUGUUGGAGGAUCAUGUGCAGAACAAUGUGGUGCAGCUCGGUGCCUUUUCUGCAGUGGCAAAACAAAUGCUGGAAGAUGUACAAGAGCGUCUAGUCUAUAGGACACACAUCUAUAUUCAGACAGAUAUUGUGGGCUAUAAGCCUGCACCUGGAGACCUGGCAUACCCUGACAAACUGGAAAUGAUGGAGCAAAUUGCACAGAGUCUGAAAGAUGAACAAACAAAGUUGCCUGUGGCUGAUUCAUCUUUUGCAGACAUUCAACUAGAAGAUCCUGAUUCUAAAAAUGUCAUCAAAUCAGGUAACGUGGAAGUUCUGAAUCCUCGGCCACAAUCAACAAUUUCCCCUGCGGAUUUGCACGGAAUGUGGUACCCGACAGUGCGCAGAACGUUGGUCUGUCUUUCAAAGCUUUACAGAUGCAUAGACCGGGCAGUGUUUCAGGGUCUGUCGCAGGAAGCCUUGUCUGCUUGUAUCUACUCAUUACUUGGGGCUGCUGAUUCAAUCAUUAAAAACAAGACUCAGACAGAUGGACAGCUCUUCCUUAUCAAGCAUCUCUUGAUCCUUCGGGAACAGAUUGCUCCUUUCCACACUGACUUUGCCAUUAAGGAGAUUUCCCUGGACCUUAAAAAGACUAGAGAGGCAGCAUUUAAAAUGCUGAACCCCAGAUCUGUCCCCAGGUUAUUUAGGCUGAGCAGCAAUAAUUCCAUCCUUGAAUUCCUGCUUGAGGGGUCUCCAGAGAUCAAGGAACAUUAUAUAGACUCAAAGAAGGAAGUGGAUCGUAAUUUGAAGUCUGCUUGUGAAAAGUUUAUUCAGCACCAGACCAAACUCUUUGUGGGACACCUGGAAGAGUUUAUGACCAAAGUAUCAGCAUUAAAAACAAUGGGUCAUCAGGGAGGGCCAAAGUAUAAUCUAGCACAGCAGCCUUGGGCACACCCAGCAAAAAUUAAUGAUGUUGUGGCUUCUACGUACAAAACAAUUAAAGUUCAACUGCCCACAACCUUGAGAAGUCUUUCCUUGUAUUUGUCCAACAAGGAUACAGAAUUCAUUCUGUUUAAGCCUGUCCGGAGUAACAUUCAACAGACAUUCCAAAAGCUGCAUGGAGUAUUGCAGGAGGAUUUCAGUGGUGAGGAUCUGCAGAUUAUCGCUUGCCCCUCCAUGGACCAGAUAAAUCUGCUAUUGUCUGCUUCCAACUAGAAUCACUGUCACUUGGUGGAGAGAGAAAAUGGGUUCACAUUCAGCACUUAAAAUGGGACGUCAGCUAGACAAGGGAAGAGCACUGAGUGAGUUGGAAGGUAGUUGGAAUGAAAUUCUUUGGCCGACGAGAGGCUUGGGGAACACUGACUCUUAAUUUUAGCUGCAGCAGAACAUCACUGUCUAAAGGCUUAUGGCUGUUUGCUGACGAAUUUGACCGUAACACGAGGUACUGCCUCAAAGCUACAGCCUGGUCUUAAACUGAGACACUUGUUUGCAAUUUCAGAUAGAAUGUGACCUGAGCUAUUGUCAAAAAGAAACCUACCUGCCUACCAAAGACUGUGCUUCAUCAUUGAAGAGGCUGAGUUACCUGAAGUAGUUGCUCAUUUCAUGAAGCCUAAGAGUUUUUUUUUGUUUGUCUAAACCUGUUUGCAUAUUUUCUAAACACGGUAUGGGAUUGUACAUUAAACAGAGGGAAUGUGAUAGAAAUUAGUACGGAAAUAUUGGUGUCGGUUGCAACGGUUAUGUUAAUGUUGACGUGAUAUUAAAGGGAACAUUGAAGAGGUGGGUGCUGAAGCAAAAUUUAGUGACUCCUCUUUGCGUGUGGGUAUUGUGCAUCCCGAAGUGUCUGCUUUUUUAACCCCUGAGGUCGUUAAUCUUAGGAGAUGGGGCCCCUCCCAUUUCAGAGAUACAGUGUCUGUCACAAUUAUAACGGAUGUAGGGUCAGGCUGUUUCUACUGUAUCACAGUACUAUCCUUCAGCUGCUCAACCACAGAAGUGGUUCUUUACUCUGACCUUUUCCAUUGCCAGCUUUUAGGAUUAUGGCUAUCGCCAGCUAAUGUCAAAUUAACAACUGGAUUGAGACUGCACAAGUUCAUAUCACUUACUGUGUAGAGUAGAGAGGAGAUCCUUAUCAGGCUGAGCUGUGGUUUAGUCCUGAUCCCAAGGGUGAAAGAUUAGAGUCUCAACAUGACGUAAGUUCCUUAUCAACAGUUUUCUCCUUCGCUGUACAGAGAUCUUAUGAUUGAGGUGAAGUGCGAGCAAUGUUUAUGCAUCAUGGCCUCGGUCCAGCUCAUACAUAGGUCACUGAUUGGGCAUUUCUGUCCUCGAACAUUUCUGUUUUAGCUGUUUUGCCCCAGUUCAUUUUAAGCUAAUUGCUUUGUGUCCUAGCCUGGAGCCAAUCAGGAAACUAUAGUCUGCUCUGCUAUCUGUGCACCUAUCCAUCUGAUUGCUGAAAUAUUUGCAGUGCAAGUCACAGUUACAUACACAAGUUGUAACUGUAAUGUGGGUUGAUUCAUGGAUAACUUUGUGGUGCUUUUCCUUAGCAAUGAAUUGUAUUUACGAAUCACACUUCCAGAUGCAAAGGUUUGUAUUGUAAUUGUACAAAUGAAGCCAGUCUUGUGUCUCGUGUCUCAAGUCUCAAGCUUUGUCAAAUUUGCACAUUCAGGAUCUCCUGAUGGAUGAUUUAACAUUAUCUGAUUUAAUGUUAACCAUUCAAGAACAGACUGUUAAGUGAACAUUGGUAAAUUUAGAAUAAGGUCCCUCUAUUUGAUGAAGCAAUGUAUGACCCUGACCACUGCUGUAAGUUGCAAUGUGUUUUGUCUGAGAAUUUUAUUGCACCGCGAUAAAACUUUAAGUUAAUAAACACAACAACUAAGAUGAAAGCCAAACUACUGAUCCUGAAAUCAAUGCAUCAAAUUAGUUUGCAGUCUAUCACUGAAAGAAGCAGAAGUUUUGUUUAUCCAUUUCUCUUAAUGUGUUUUAAAUCCUGAGCUCCACUGUUAAUUGGGUCAGUUUUCAGCACAAAUGCACAAAGAGUCAUUUGUCAGUCUUUAACUAUUGUAUCUCCUGCCUGGACAAAUGCUGAUCAACUAAGAUGUUUGAUUGGAAAUAAUAAAAUCAUGGUGAUGGUGCUGUGUGUGAGAGUUCAGAACAUAGCUGAGAGCCAGCUUUAGUGAAAUUCACGUGCUUUGCAAUUGAAGUAUUUGCUUUACUACAGAGGCCUUCACUGUACAACUCCCCAUAUCCUCAGUGAGUAAAUCUGCGUGAUCUGCAGGGAGCAGGAACUUCCAGGCAUUGGUAUUUGCUGAGUUAGCAAGGGUUAGUAAGGGAAAGUGGUCAGUGAGUAAAGUGAUGAGCUUCUCCUCCUCCUGAGUGAGUAUAUUGGGGAAUGAUAACAGAGGACCAGAAUCCUAUGCUAACAUGUAGUGGGAAACGUAAAACAUCCUGAACCAAUUUAAAUUCAGUAGUGAUCUUUUUCAGAUAUCGUUGUGUUUGGGAGUGAGUAGAUAUUCUGUGGGGUUAAAAUUCUAAAUAUGUUUUACUUUGGCGUCCAUAAUGUUUUCAAGUUCCGUUAAUGUCUGUUCCAACAAACAGAUUUGCGCUAAAGUGGCCUGAUGUUGUGUAACACGAAUGUAUAUGUUGUGAAAUAACAAUGAUUUUCUCUAUAAAAUAAUAGGGGGAAAUGCAUGAUGUACAAAGUUAGUUCCCUUGUAUGUAAUUAAAUGACAUUUUACUACAGUGUAUAUAAGGGGGCCAGGGAGGCAACAAUACAUUUACUAUGGAAGAUAUAUCUGCAUUUUAUACUUUAGAAGUUUUUUAAAAAAUUUGACUCCUAGUUGAUGCAUUUAGUAGUCUAUUCCAGAGACGGUUAGCAACAGUUAAAGCAAUCAAAUUUAUUGAUUCUGAUUACAUUAUUUUGGUUUGCUGAAGUGUUUUAAGGGGUUUACAUAUGUAAAUUGUAUAUAACGAGAUUAAUAAUAUAAACAUGCUUGCCUCCCCAUUUUCUCAGUGCAAUCUGAUAGUUUUAAUAAAAUGUUUUCAAAUAAAUAUGUGCUGCUUUUGAACUCA